GAUUCCUGGGCCCGGGAGCCCGCGCCGCACCGGCGCCCGCGAUCUGCAAGGACCGCUCCGUCCAGAUCUGGGGGAGGCCGCUUCUCGCUGCACCCUCGCGGGCCGGGGGACCACUUCGUAGGAACCGUCGCCCCCUAAAUCAAGGGAACGGCGCUACUGGCUGGGCUGGAGGUUGCUGGGACCUUCAAAGCCUCCCCACAGAGACUUCCUUCCCUGAGCGCCUUCGGGGCGCAAUUUAAGAUUCCCCAGAUCCGGAAGGACCUCAGGACCGGGUCCACCUUCCUUCCUCUGAUGGAGCACCUCCUCCCCAGUUUGUGGGGCACCUUGGGGAGUGGCCUCGGUGAGUGAAACUUGGGGUGCUGCCUGCUGGGAAGGAAAUCCGAAAAUACAGAGGCUACUGUGGGGAGCCGAGGCCUGGUGAGACUCUGAGACCCGAAGCCUUGUGGGGGGUGCUGUGCCCCCCUUCUCUACCCAAACGGAAAAGGAGCCAAGCCACACUGGAGGCUGAUGACCCUUGGGGGAGGUGGGGAGCCCCUGAGUGCAGUCGCCGGCUUCGCCAGCAGGUACCUAUUCUGAACCUGAGCAGAUUCUGGCUUCUGACGCGGCCUGAGAAGGGUCCGAAAGUGGCCCCAGGAUUGGGGGAGCCCGCGGCACAUCCCAGCCAUGUUCCUGCGCCGGCUCGGCGGCUGGUUACCUCGCCCUUGGGGCCGCCGGAAACCGGCGCGGCCUGACCCUCCUGCCCCAGAGCCCAGAUGGGCGGAGAGCUCCCCCGAGAAUUCAGGGAGUGACUGGGACAGCGCCCCCGAAACCAUGGGAGAUGCGGGACCUCCCAAAACCAAGGACGCGGAGACUCUGAGGAGCUCCAGGGCUGCUCCAGAGCCGAGCAGGGAGCCCCCGCUUGAGCAGUCGGGGAGCCAAAGGGUGGAUUCCCUCAAGUGGGACACGGCUGGCGCCGGCACUCGAGAGUCCGGGAGCCUGAAAGCCGAAGGAGCCCUUCCAACACUGGGACGGGCUCCUGUGGACUCGGGGGGCGCCCUGCGACCCGGGGCAUCCCCCGAGGAGGGCCUGGGCGCCCCCGGGCCUGAAGCCCCAGUGGAGAAGCCUGGCCGGCGCCAGAAGCUGCUGGGCUGGCUGCGAGGGGACCCCGAGGAGAGCCUGCAGAUUUCCACCAACCUGACCCUGCACCUGCUGGAGCUGCUGGCCUCGAGCCUGCUGGCACUGUGCUCCCGGCCGCUGCGCGCAGCCCUGGACGCACUGGGCCUCCGCGGACCUCUGGGCCUCUGGCUGCACGGGUUGCUGUCCUUCCUGGCGACCCUGCACGGGCUGCACGCCGUGCUGAGCCUGCUCACCGCCCACCCCCUGCACUUCGCAGGCCUCUUCGGCCUCCUGCAGGCUCUGGUGCUGGCCGUCAGCCUCCGGGAGCCCAGUGGGGAUGGAGACGCCGCUGACUGGGAAGACGAGGGGCUGGGGAGGGAGGCCCAGGAGCAGAGGGGAGACCCAGGAAAGGCGCUGGGGCCAUAGGGCAGGCUGGGGACAGAGUGCAGCUAGUGUGGCCUUUAGGACCACAGUGGAGAGUCCCAAGCACAGGGACCUCAGGGAUGGGGAGGAACCCCCAGGCUGAAGGCACAGGGCUCCCUUCCUGCACAGGAGAGAGCAGCUGUCUGCUUAUGGGUAGGGGGCGUUGCCUUGGAUUCACCAGCUGUUACUUUUUGCUUUUAUAUUUCUCACCUAGUUUCCCCCCCUUUUUUAAAGCCCCCCCUCAAGGCGUGAUAAUGGAGAAUAGAGACCAGAGGUUCCUUUCUACCUUUCCAAACUCCCAAGGUGUCCCCGGGGGAAUCCUGGAACCUGAGCCAUCUAGGCAAGAGUGGGGGGCUUCCCUAGAAGUGGGGAUGCUGGGCUGGUGGAUGAGAGGGUCUGGACUGGGCCCACAGGGAACGAGACGCCUGCAGGGAAGCUCCGGUACUCACCGGAGCCAAAGGGAAUGGGACGGUGCGGGCAGCCAGCAGCCCAGGCAGGCGAGCGG